GGAAGUGAGCCUUCGACUGUCGGUCUUGGGAAGACGACAGCAGAAGGGCACCGAGGUCGCUAGGAUUCUUGCUCCGAUUUCUUUCUGAAAAUUCGGAGCCUGAAGCCGUGAUGUUGUCGAGAGUCGCUCUUGCGAGGAAGUUGGCUCCGGCCACCCUUGCCAACGCCAGGUGUUCAAGCACUCAGCCCGUCCUGUGGAAACGCGAAGUUCUCGAGGUUAAAGAACACCCUGAUAGAGAUUUGGUCAACUUCCCGCGACUAAAGCAGCCCGAGCUACCAGGCCCUGUGAGGAUGGGCUUCAUACCCGAGGAGUGGUUCCAGUUCUUCUACCCCAAAACUGGACUUCUCGGACCCUACGUCUUCGGGGCCGGUCUCAUCACCACCGUGCUGUCCAAGGAGAUCAUGGUCGUUGAAGAGGAAUUCUUGUUCGGAAUCUGUUUCUUCACCAUGAUCGCCGCAGUCCACAAGAUGUACGGCAAGGAUGUAGCCGCUAUCCUCGACAAGGAAGUGGACAAAGAACUCGAGGAGAACAGACGAUUCGUGCACGAAAAUGAGAAGUCUAUCGAGGAAGCCAUCCAAGGGGAACUACUCGCGCAGAAGCAAACUGCGGCACAGGACAUGAUCAUCGAAUCCAAGAAAGAGAACAUCGCUUUGCAGCUCGAGGCCGAGUACCGUAGACGGAACCUGAAGGUCUUCCAAGAGGUUAAGAAGAAGUUGGACUACCAUCUCGAAGUUGUAAACAUCGAACGUCGUCUUCAGCAGCAGCACAUGGUUGACUGGAUUGUAUCCAACGUCUUGAAGUCGCUAUCGCCUCAGCAGGAGAAGGAAGCAUUCAACCAAUGCAUCGUCGAUCUUAAGUCUCUGGCUUCGAGAGCCUAGUCUGUCUGCGAGGAAAUUGUUGCGCACGAAAUCGAAGCAUUGCCAGACCGUUCGGGAGGAUUGAAAUGUCAAUGGCUCCGCUCGACGGACUCGAAUAAACUUUAGCGUCUAUGGAAAUCUA